CACACUCCGGAGCAGAAGGUGGCGGUAAUGCACCUAAUACGCUGGUUGCCAACCGCCGUUAAAGGACAAGAAGAAGAAGAAGAAGAAGAAGAAGAAGAAGACGAAGAAGAAGGCGUCACGAUUAAGAUGGCAGUGCCUAUAAUGGAGAGUGGAGAAGAUGCAUUUAGAAAAAUCUUCAAGUUGUACAAGAGGAGAAACCCUCCGCCAGAUUUCAGCAAUGUCGUCGACUUCUCCAAAGGUGUAUCGAGUGACAAGAUAGUUCCACAUACACUGGACCCAGCUGCAGUGAGUGAUGUGGAGGCUGCCAGGGUUGGAUUACAGCCUGUCAGAGACUGGAGAGCCUUUGGUCUCCAGGGCUACCCAGGGUUCAUCUUGAUCUCCAAUCCGUUCCUGCUGGGUUCCCAACCAUUCUGGGUCAGACAGUGUCUAAAAUCCUACCCUCAGAAGCCCAAUGUCUGCAACCUGGACAUGCACAUGUCUCCCUCUGAAACCCAGGACAUCUGGGGCAAGAGUGUUCAUAGCCUCAGUUAUGCUUCCUCUGGAAAGAGAGAACCUAAGACUCCACUUGACAGGCUGCGCUGGGUCACUCUGGGAUAUCAUUACAACUGGGAUACCAAGACUUACUCUGCCAACAAUCACAGUCCUUUCCCAUCUGAUCUCCACUCGCUGUCCUGCCAAAUAACAGCUGCCUGUGGGUUCCUGGGAUUCAACGCAGAAGCUGGAAUCCUUAACUACUACCGAUCUGAUUCAUCUCUGGGAAUCCAUGUGGAUGAAUCAGAAUUAGAUCACAGCCGACCGCUGCUGUCAUUCAGUUUUGGACAGUCAGCCAUCUUCCUCCUGGGAGGCACCUGCAGAAAGGACCCCGUCACUGCUAUGUACAUGCACAGUGGGGAUGUGAUGGUGAUGUCAGGACAGAGCCGUCUCCUUUACCAUGCUGUCCCACGCAUCGUUCCUGCACCCAAGGGACAUAGAGCUUUAGAGACAGAAGGCUGCAGCCUGGCCUCAUCCCUACAGGACAGCACUGUGGUGGAGCCUGUGUCUAUGGAGGACUGGGCGGUGUGCUCCAGGUACAUCCAGAGCUGCAGAGUGAAUGUGACUGUCAGACAGGUGCUUGGGCCUGGACAGAGCUUCCCAGGAACAUCCUCUUCUCACUCAAGAACUGAUGCAGUCCACACAGUGGGGUACCACGACAGAGCAGCAGAUGGAGAGAGCAGGAAGAGGAAGACUAGUAGUAGCUGUGACUCUGUUGAUUCUACAGAGACAUGACAGACCUCCUGCUGUUACACUUUCCUUGAGUCAUUUGCAUCUGAUCCCAGAGUCUUCCUUUGCAGUGAUAUUGUAUAAAUUGUUUUACUAAAAAGCAGAAGCCACUUCACAUGUGCUCUUAAUAUUUUGGCUGGAAUUGGAGUUACCAUUUGUCCAUACGAACUGUUUAAUUGGAACAGGAAGGUCAAUGCACCCUCUAUGGGACUUUAUACAUUGUCCUCCAACUUUUGGACAAUGGUACUGAAAAUAGUCAGUCAAAUGUAGAGCGAUGACUCAGUCAAUCUAGGGAUGCACCGAUUUUGAAAUUCUGGGCCGAUACUGAUGUUUAGAUUAAGAAUUUGGCUGAUACUGAUGCUGAUGUUUUUAUAUUGUUGUUUAUUUUGUUUUUGUUGUUAUUUAUCCCCCCUUGUAUGCCAGGGAAACAAAGAAAUCUACAAUUAAAAAAAAUAACUGAACUAUUUUAAAGUUAUUAAGCCCUUCAUUACAGUACCUUUGAACGAGCACAAAUGUAAUCAGAUACCUUUAAUAUAAUCUUUUACAUGAAAAACAUCUUUUUUUU